AUGGUGAAGUGUGAUUCAUCGCUCCAGAGAACGUUUUUCACUUCUCCAGAGUCCAGUGACGGCCUGCUAGGGGCCAGAGGGCGGGGUGUCAGGGGCAGGGCGGGGUCAGGGGGCAGGGGCGGUGUCAGGGGGCAGGGCGGGGCGUCAGGGGCAGGUAGGGGCCAGGGGCAGGGCGGGGCGUCAGGGGCAGGGCUAGGGGCCAGGGGCAGGGGCGGGGGGGCGUCAGGGGGCAGGGCGGGGCGUCAGGGGGCAGGGCGGGGCGUCAGGGGGAGUCAGAGGGCGGGGCGUCAGGGGGCAGGGCGGGGCGUCAGGGGCAGGGGGGGCGUCAGGGGGGGGCGUCAGAGGGCGGGGUGUCAGGGGGCGGGGUGUCAGGGGCGGGGCGUCAGGGGGCAGGGCGGGGCGGCAGGGGGCAGGGCGGGGCGUCAGGGGGCAGGGGGGGGGCGUCAGGGGGCAGGGGGCGGGGCGUCAGGGGGCAGGGGGGGCGUCAGGGGGCAGGGCGGGGCGUCAGGGGGCAGGGGCGGGGCGGCAGGGGGCAGGGGCGUCAGGGGGCGGGGCGUCAGGGGGCGGGGUGUCAGAGGGCUGGCGCCUAGCGUCAGGGGCAGGGGCGGGGCCAGGGGCAGGGCGGGGCGUCAGGGGGCAGGGCCUGGGGCAGGGGCAGGGCGUCAGGGGGGCGGGGUGUCAGGGGGCAGGGGCGUAAGGGGGCAGGGCGGGGUGUCAGGGGCGGGGCGUCAGGGGGCAGGGCGUCCCCGGGCGGGGCGUCAGGGGAGGGGCGUCAUAGGCCUGCUAGGGGCCAGAGGGCGGGGCGGGGCAUCAUAG